AUGGCGUUGCCAUCUUGUUUUGAAAGCUCUUUAAAAUAUUUCGAAGAGAGCCUCACAUUUUUCAGAAAAUAUGAACAUCUAUUUAACUUUUCAAAUACAGAUAUAUUGAUUAAUAACAACUUGAAUGAAAUCGAUAUAAAAGAUUUAGAAAAUAUCGAUGUUUUCGAUGACAAUUUUGAUAUUUUAUCAUUGAAAAGUGAUUAUUUAUUGGAAUUCUUUGAAAUGUAUAAAAGGUUAAGACCGGAUUUACAAAAAUUUGAAAGAACACAAAUGGAUUAUCUAAUUGACGCGCCAUUGAGUUUCAAAAAGGGACAUGAAAUAGCAUAUUUAGCGCAAGAGAUAGAUAAUUUAUGUAAGAAAACACACUGUGACACUGUUGUCGAUUUUGGAUCUGGAUUGGGAUACUUAGAUCAACAUUUGUGUGAAACGACCAACUACAACGUAUUAGGAUUAGAAUGCAAUGAAAAUAAUUAUAUUGCCGCCAAAAAACGACAAAGAAAAUAUUAUAGAAAUUCAAUUGAACAAGUUAAAUAUAUAAAGCAUAAAAUUACAGAAGAUUCUUACAUGAUUAUAGAAGAAUUUUUAGAGGAUAAAUUUACAAAUUAUACUAGUUUUUGUAUCACUGGUUUACACGCGUGUGCGGAUUUAACAAUCGACGCCAUUAAUAUAUUUCUAAAAAUAGAAAAGGCAAAGGCAAUUAUAAUAAUGCCAUGUUGUUAUCAUAGAUUAAUAUGUGAAAAUGAUAAAUUAAAAAAUUUUCCUCUUAGCAAAAAAUUAGGAAGCGCAAACGAAAAAAUCGGAUGUAAUUUGUUGACAGUGCCCUUCUUGAGAUUAGCGUCACAGCCUCCUUAUCUCACUGAAGAGAAAUUAGAAAACUCGGUUUUUAAUUUGUUGGCGAGAGCUGUUAUACAACUUUAUGGUGUAAAAUAUAAUUGUAAAAUCAAAAGAAACAAACGCAAAGCAGUUCGUUUAAAAACAAUGAUGUUGAAUAACUUCGAGGAUUACAUACAAGAUGCGAUUUUGGGAUUUAAAUUGAUAAAUAAUGAAACUGACAAAGACUCUGAAGUCGAUAAAAUAAAUUUUGAUGUAGAAGAACUAAUAACGAUUUGGCGCCAAAUUCCGCAAGUGACAUUUAAAAAGGCAGCCAUAUUUAUAUUACUCCAAAAUUAUUUACAGCCAGUUUUUGAAAAUGUCGUUCUUUAUGAUCGCGUAGUUUAUUUAAUAGAAAAAGGAAUAGAUAAUUGUCGAGUUAAAAAAAUAGUUAAUGAAAAGAUAUCACCUCGAUGUUUUGCUAUAUUAGCACAAAAA